CUGACCGUCUUUCUCUGUAGGUAGACGGCGCCCGCAAGUUAGCCUUGAGGAAUUCAGUUUCCUUGAAGAGAUUUGCAGGAAAACUAAGCCGGAGGAAAGGACUUGGGCCAAGUUAGUGAACCCAAGAACAAUACAUUGGUAUUGUGACGGUCCAGAACCCACUCGCGAAGCCCUUGCAUACGACGAAAGAAUACACAAACGUAAGUCCGUCAACUCUUACUCUUGAAUUUAGCAUUUAACGAAGGAUGAUCUUAAUCCGUCCUGUAUUUGUAGAAAUGGACGACGCUAAGAGAAGGGCAAUGAUAAAAUCACUAGCCGUCGAGCAAAAGAAGACGGGUGAAGUUGUCAUUCCUAAGGUGCCGGGGUCGUCGGCUAAGAGGAAGCAGCCGCCAAAGUCUGACCGUCCAUACAAGCAACCGAAAGUUUCAUUGGAGCCCGUGGUGGGCUUGAUGGCUGAGGGCGUUAAGACCGUCACCCAAGCCAAACAUGGAACCGGCAAGGGCCUAAUGCGUGCCCCUCCCGUCAACGAGGAGAAACCUCCUUCCCUUCUCCGUGACGAUUCGAAGUAUGCCUUGGAGAAACUCAAGUCAAUAAUUUCGGCAGAGGACUACGAGGAUCUGGGGAAUCAUUCGACGGAAGCAAUGGGGGAGACGGGUUUAUUCGCCGUUGGGCAGUCCUUGGUCAUGAUGAAGGGCUUGAUGGAUCGCUGCCUCAACCGUGAAGCGGCUCUUGAACGUAUACGGACAAAGGCUGGGCGGACGGAGGAGGAACUUAGUCAACUGUACAAGUGGAAGUCCACAAUGGAGCAGAAGUUUGAACUGUCUGAGCAGACCAGAAAAGAGUUCGAACAGAGGACGGAAGAAGCUGGGAAGGCCUUGAAGGGUAAAGACGAGGAGGUGAAAGAGUUAAAGAAGAAACUCCGUCAAGCCGGAGAGGAUGCCGUCACCGAGUAUCGCAACUCUUUGGAUUUAUUGAAGGAGCUGGGGGGUUCGUUCCUUCAAGGCUUUGACGAUGCCCUCCGUCAGAUAAAGAAGACCUACCCGGAUCUUGACGUGUCCAUGAUAACCGUCAAUGACCAAGAUCAGACAUCCGCUCUGCCCGUCGCUUCAGAAAACACGGAAGACCUGUUUGGUGAAGAUGCUGUUCAGGGCGAAGGAGAGUCUGCUCCGUCGAAGGACGUUCCAGCUGAAGAGCCGAAAAAAGUAGAUUAA